AUGGCGCGAAGCCUCGACAUCCCAGAGGCACAGGUUGCGAUCGACUUCUUCGACGACCCGAACGGGUUCCUCUUCCACGUUCGGGUGCUUCUCGUGCCGGCGGGGGCGGGCAAGUGGAUCUGGGUCACCCCGGACCACAGUGUGCAGUUCGGGGACCUCACCACGCACCGCGUGGUGCCGCUGCCUCGGAACUCGCCCUUCCCUCGCCGGCUGGCGGGCCAGCUGUAUGCGUUCGACCCGUUCGAGGAGGGCGAGCUCGAAGCCAUUCGAGAGCAGGCGGCGGCGCUGGCGGCUGUGCUUGGCAUCGACGUGCCACGCGGCGCAGCGGCGGCCCCUCCCCGCUGGGUGGUGGCCGACCCCGCUCACCCGCAGUUCGGGCUGGUCAUCGACGCGGCGAUCAGCGGGGCCGAGGACAGGUUCGUGCGCCGUGGAGCUGUGGCACUGGCGAUGCUGGACGGGAACGACGACGACGGGAUCUUCACAGCUUGCGAGAACGUGCCGGAGGAGCGGCACCAGCAGUGGCUGGACGAGAAGCACUCGGGGCCCGGUCGGGACCCACGGGUGUGCCCCGUCCGGCGGGUAGGACCAGGUGGACCCCGACGAGCGACUUUGGACCAGGCCAUCGAGGCGCACCGCCCACAGGACGUCAGCGACUGGGUGUUCCGCGGGCCGAAGUCGCUGCCCGAGUUCCUGGACAGCGUGCGGGCGCCGGGGCUGGGCAUCGCGGGCUACGCGAACCACUACAUCACCAGCAGCGGGGUGCCUCCCGGCAGCGCUGCAGCGCACGAGAUCCGCCUUCUGCUCGAGGCCUUGCGGCACCUCAUCGAGUACGACCAGGUCGACGUCACGAAUCUGGCGGGGGCCGAGCUCAUCGCGAGGAGGAUCGUGCAGAUGCAACGUGCCAUUCGGCGCGACCCGAAGCACCCCAACUACUCGGGCUUGGAGGACAUGCUGGCCUCGGCGCUCGACGAGACCGGUGGUGUUGUCACCAGCAAGUUCGACGAGUGGGUCGCACAGGAGCAGAAGACAAAGGCAGGGCUCCAGGUGGCCAAGGACCAGCUCUACGGGCACGUCGUCAGCAUGGCGUCCGACCCCUUCCCCCUGGUGCUGCCCUCGGACUUCUUCGAGGAGACCAGCAGAGAGCGCCCGGCGGGUCGCCGGGCCGCUCGCCGCCGCACGAAGCGGGACUGGACGCGCCAGGCGACCGAGGACAUCUUCUCGAGCCUGAACGCGCUGGCCGCCGCUCGAGCGUCACACACCCUCCAGCCAGGACGGGUGCGCCAGACUUCGGCGCUGACCCCUUCGCAGGAGUCCGCGCUUGGCCGAGUGGUUCGAUCGGUGGCUCGACAUGGUCCGCCUCCGCCCGAUGCUCGGCCUCGAGAGGCCUUUCAGGAGCUUCUCAAGUCCAGCAACAUCUACUCCGAGGAGGGUCGGCUCACGGUUCGGCCCUUCGUUCAGGACAAGGUCUCCCUCUUGCAGGGCUCGGUGGAGCCUCGGGAGGCGCUCGACCUCGUCCCAGAUCACGUUCGACAAGUUUUGAUGGAGCCCGAGAGGUUCCUGGAGCGGCACUCGGACGAGCUCGCAGACGAGCCCCACAUCGAGCCGUACUGGGAUCCUCUCUUGAACCCGAGGGUCCGCGCCAACCACCCGCGCCUGCUCGCACUGCUGAAGCGUCUCGCCGACAUGGGGAUCGUAGUGGCCACUCGUCGGAAGAAGGCCACGGUGGGGCUGUUCUUUGUCGAGAAGAAAGGGGAUCGCCUCCGCAUGAUCGUGGACGGCCGACAGCCCAACCAGUACCACCGGCUGCCCCCGCAGACCAGCAUGGCUUCAGUGGAGGCGCUUGCGUCGGUGCAGGUUGGGGCCGACUGGCGACAGCGCUGCUCGAUGAAGCCGGACGAGGCCGCCCUGUACGCGGCCACGGUCGACCUGAAGGACGGCUUCCACCAGUUCAAGAUCCCGCACCUGUCCGAGUGGUUCGUGUUCGACAUGCCCGGGGUCCAGGCGAAAGACCUAGGCGUACAUCAGGUCUACGACGGCGACGCGAAGGCUUUCGUGGACGUCGCCCCGGACGACUAUGUGUGGCCGGCCUACGGCGGACUGGCGAUGGGCUGGUCCUGGGCGCUGUGGAUCUGCCACGAGACGUUGGCGCAGGUGAUGCGAUCCUCGGCAGGUCCUCGCGACGCUAUGGUGCUGGACAAGGCGCCAGCGGCCCAGCUAGAGCCGGGGAUGGUCGGCGACCUACCUUACGUCGACAACGCCAACAUCAUUGGUAUCGAGCAGAACCUCGUGCAGGACCGACUCGAGCGCAUGACGGCGGCUCUCGACCGGCUGGGCUUGAAGUGGCACGAGAGGCAGGACGCGGGGGUCGAGGUCGAGAUCCUGGGCGUUAUCGUCGAUGGCGUGCAGGGCCUGGUUCGGCCCAAGCCGAAGCGCCUCUGGCGGCUGCACGGAGGCUUGACCUUUCUGCUGAGAUGGCGCAAGGCCGCGGGGUGGCAGAUCCGUGCUGUUCUAGGCCACCUGGUGUCUUUCUUCCAGCUGAUGAGACCAGGGCUUUCGAUCUUCCGCGUCUUGUACGACUUUGUCCAGCAGGACCUCAGCACGAUCCGCGAGUUGCCGACGGCCGCGCUGCACGAGCUGAAGGUCGCCAGGUCGCUCCUCUUCAUGGCGGUGGGCCGCUGGGGGCUGCCCCCCUGCCCCGUCGCCUUCAUGACGGACGCUUCCAUGAAAGGCUACGCCCUCUUGGAGACCGAUGCGAGGCCCGGGGAGGUUCGCAGUCUCUGCCGCUUUCGGGAGCGAGCUCGCUUCAGCCGUCGAGAGAAGUUCGUGGAGCGCGAGCACGACGGCUUCAGGGGCUCCAUGGCGAUUGGCGACGCUGGCGAGGGCUGGUGGGACGGGCUACUCGAGCGGGGCCGUGCUCGCGGGGCCGUGCCGGAGCGCUGCCGAGUCGAGGUCGACUCCGGCUGGCGACCGCCACCGCUACCCGACGACUUUGUCGACCCCGGGCGCUGGGAGCUGGUCGUUGCCGGGGCCUGGCGCGACUCGAGCCGCAUCCACGACUACGAGGCGCGCUGCGGGCUGAUGGGCCUGGCUCGAGCUGCCAGUCAUCCGCCGUACCACGACACGGAGCUCCUCUCCGCAGGGGACAACAUGGGCUCGGUCUUGGCCUUCGAGAAGGGCCGCGCGGCAAACAGGGAGCUCCUCGCACAAUGCCGACGGGCGGCCGCGCUGCAGCUGGCCUCCGGCAUCGUGUGGCGACAACGGCAUGUCGAGGGAGUGCGGAACGCGGCGGACUACAUGAGUCGGGCGGCGGACCGCGGGCUGUUGCAGCCCGGCCAGGUCGGACAGAGGCCUCGACGGGGCCGGCGCUUCUUCCUGGAGAUCUUCUCGGGCAAGGGGUACCUGGCGGGGGCCAUCCUGGAGGCUGGGCUGCGUGCUGGGGCUCCCAUGGACCUCGUGAAGGGCCCGCAGUUCGACAUCACGGACCCGAAGGUCCAGAGGGUUGUCAUCGGGUGGAUCCGCUCCGGCGCUAUUUGGCUCAUGCAUCUUGCGACCCCGUGCACGCGGUGGGCGCUUCGGGCGUCAGCUUCGACGGUGGUCGACUUGUGCCAGUGCCGCUUUGGGACGCCCUUUCAGAAGCCUACGAGGCUUGCGGCCUCCCACCCGCUGUUCGCCUCCCUGGCCCGCGAGUGCAGGUGCCGGCGGCAUUGCGAAGUUCUGCAGGGCAAGGUUUUGGUGAAGGGACGCUGGGAGUGGAAGACCAGUCUAGCUGCUGCCUAUCCGCCCAGCCUGUGCCGCGCCUAUGCCAGCGCCGCCCAGCUCCUGGCGCCCCCAGCGGCCGCGAGGCCAGACGGAGAGGCCCACCUCGAGCGCCGCUGGGAGCGGCAGCUGGCGUCCGCGUGUGGUACCGGCUGCCAUGGCAUGGCUGCCAGAGGCGCUGGGACUAGGGCGCACGGCCACGGUCGGCGUGCUCGGGCGGAGCCGCGUGAGCAGGCGCCCGGCUUCCUGCGGCGGGCCACGGUGCGCCAGGCAACCGCGGCGCGCUACUCUGACUGCGUGGAGGGGCUCCACGACUUCAUCGCCUGCAACGGUGGGAGCCUCUCGGACCCGCGGGCGGCCGACGCCACCCUGGAGCGCUACUUCGAGUCGCUCUUCCUCGGGGGCGAGGCCAAGGCCAACGCCCGAUGGUGCCUCUACGGGCUGGCCUGGCAGCAGGGCUGGGCGACCAAGGGUGACGCCUUCCCUAAGGCCAAGCAGGCCCUCAAAGGCUGGGACCGACUUGAGCCACCUGGGAGCCGCGAACCCGCGGUCUGGGAGGCGGUGCUGGCCGUCGCGGACGAUCUCAUCGGGCGCGACUUCCAGUCCACGCUUGCAGGUGCGCUGCUGCCCGUCGCCUUCGACGGCUACUUGCGACCGUCUGAGGCGCUGGGCUUGCGUGGUGCCGAUGUCUUGCGACCGCCGCGCUCUGGACCCCAGAGGCUGUGGGCGGUGACAGUAGCCCCAGCGACUCAGCCGAUUCCCUCGAAGACUAACACGUUCGAUGACACGGUCUUCUUGGGCAGUGCUGCCAAGGGCCAGGGCUUCGUGGGCAGCAUUCUCGAUAUCUUGCUGGCGCGUGCGGGCCAGGGGCCACUCUUUACAGGCCUGACGCUAGCGCAGCUGGAGGCUGCCGUGAGCGCCGCCUGCCGCCGCCUGCAGCUGCCUGUGGCGUUCACGCCGCACUGCCUUCGUCAUGGCGGCGCCAGCCGAGACGCACUAGAGAAGUUCGAGGACCUGCGCUCAAUCCAGCGCCGAGGCCGCUGGAAGGCGCGGGAGAGCGUGCGUCGGUAUGAGAAGGCUGGCACUCUGCUUCGGGUCCGGGCAACGUGCGCUGCCCAGCUCUGGGGUUCCCGUGCCGUCUGGGACCGCCUGGACACGAAGUAUGACAAGGUCACGUUCCGCGAGCAGCUGGUGGCGGCGUGUCGACCGAGUAAGGUUGAAUGGUAUUUCAACCAUGUGAGGUACCGUUCCCGACUGACGGCCGGCGCCAACGCUUUGCUCGCUACCGGAACAACAAGGAAUGAGCAGGUGCACGCCACCCUGAAUUCUGAUUUCAGGCAGAUCAUUCAUGUGAGCCAGCAGAUGCUUGGCGCUCAGCUUCGGACCCGGGGCGCCAUGGAGCUGGCGCUCGCGCGCCGGGAGCGGGGCGACCUGCCGCUGUGGGCGCUGGGGCCGGACGUGGCCGCUCGCGAGGGCGCCGCGGUCUCGCGGCGCGAGUUAGCGGGGGUGGCCGGCGGCUUCCAGCUCCUGGACCUCCUCCGCCCGCGGGAGUGCCUCGAGCUCGUGGAGGUCGCCGAGGAGCUGUUCCAGCGCUGCAGCCACCUCCUGCCAGAGGUCGGCCUCUGUCCCCCUCUCGGCCUCAACGCCAAGUUCCGCUGCUACAGGUACGGGCCGGGGGACUAUUUCCGGCCGCACACGGACGGCGCGUGGCCCGGCACCCUGGCGCGCGGAGGCAAGGUGCUGAUGGGCUACGAGGGCGGCUCCACCCGCUUCUUCCGCGGCCCGGGCGGGGAGGCGUCCGCGGCGGUGAGGACCCCGCGCGGCGGCGCCCUGUGCUUCCCCCACGGCCACCACCCCGACAGCCCGCUCCACGAGGGCGAGAGGAUCGCCGAGGGCCUGAAGUACGUGAUCCGGACGGAGGUGCUGUACAGUCUGGAGCCCUCCGACACGCCUCCGCAGGCCGCGGCGGCCGGCGACGAGGCCGCCGUGCGCGGCCUCCUCCGCGCCCGCGCCUCGACGCCGGGCCGGCGCGCCGCCGCCGCCCGCGCCGUGCGGGAGGACGUCUCCGCGCUUCGCCGAGAAGUCGUGGCUCACAACAGCCAGAAGGUGACACAGCUUUGCAGAGAGGAGUGGGUCAAGGAGCUGGACCUCGACGGCAACUCGCUGCUCCACCUUUGCGUGCUGUCGCCCGCCGCGGCCGGCGACGCUGGCGCGAGCCAGGCCGCCACGGUGGAGGCCCUCCUGGCCCGGCGCGCGGACCCGGCCGCUGUCAACGGCCGGGGGCAGUCGCCGCUGCUGCUGGCCGCUGAGGAGGCCGCCUGCCAGAGCGGGCCCGGCCUCACCCGCGGCGCCCGGACCCUGGCGGCGCUGCUGCGGGGGCGGGCCGACGUGGACCAGGCGGACAGGCGCGGGCGCACGGCGCUCAUGGAGGCGUGCGCGCAGGACAACGCCGCCCUCGCCAGGUGGCUCAUCGACCGCGGGGCCUCCGUGCGCCUCCUGGACGCAGCAGGGAGGGCGGCCGCUGCUCUGGCUCCUCCCGGCAGCGAGGCGGCGCGUGUUGCGGCCCCGGCGGGGCCCGCCGGCCUGGCCAAGCCAGCGGGAGCGCGACGCGGGCGACCGACCUCCCUGGCGGAGGCCGUGCGGAGCCAGGACGCCGAGGCGCUCGCCAAGGUCCUGGAGUCGUGCCGCGGGAGCGGCAGGGAGAUGGAAGCCACGCUGGCAGAGAAGGACGGCCGAGGG